CGCAACCCCAUGAACACAAAACAGCUGUGGCCGACCCGGGCGGUGCGCCCAUGAGGGCAUUCGCAGGGCAUUCGCAGGCAUAAAGGGCCAUUCAUGGGGCAUGGGAUGGACGGCAGGGCAAUCAGGGGGAGACUGAAGGACGGUGGGAGGCAGUCAGGGGCCAAGGACGGUCUCCGGCACGGCAGACCAGAUGGGCAUUCGUGGGCAAGGUUUUGACAGAAGGGCAUUUAGAGCGGCGGUUCUGUCAGGUUAGGGGGUGGCCCUCUGGGAGGAGGAGGCAUACGUCUCUCGCAGGGGGCGUCUGAGCAUUCGGGGGCAUGGCUGGGCAGAAGGGCAGUGAAGAGCAGCAUGUAUAGGGGCAGCCUCGGAGUUGCCCCCAUCAGGGAAGGUCGGUUAGGGCAAUCGGGAGCAGUUUCUGUCCUUAUCAGGGCACACUUGACCUAACGUAGAAAGCCAGACGGGCAAUCUGAUGUAAGCUCGGCUUCCAGGACAGCGCACGCCAGAAGGGCAUUAACGAAGCAAGACUCGCCCUAUUAUCUGGUCAAGUAAUAAGGUCGGCCUGCAAGCAGGGCAAGUGGGAAGAGGAUUCCUGGCAGGGCUCCUGGCAGGGCACGGUCGUGGAAAGGACCUGGGAGGAGGGAGAGGGGCAUUGUAGACGCGGACCCGGCCUCUGGCAGGGACACCCCAAUGGAGGAGGAGGCUGAAGCUACGCCGGCUUUGGUGGCCCACGGGGCCGCGGGCGGCUGGGCCCGCUUGGCCCUCCUCUACGGGGCCGUGUCGGCCGUCUUCUGCGUGGCCGUGGGCCACCGCCUGCUGCGGGCCCGCCUGCGGCCCGGGGUGCGCGCCGCCUGCAGCCUCCUGCUGCUCUUCAUGGGCGAGCCGCUGUGCGCAGCCGUCGCGCCCGGGGCGCCGGGCCUCCUCGCCUUCGCGCUCGCCUGCCUCCUCUCCUACGCCACGCUGCCCUUCACCGCCUCGCUGCCCGCCGCCGGGAGGGCAGUGCUCAUCGUCGGCUGCGAGUCGGCCGCGAGUCACGUGCUGGCCCGGCGUCUCGCCGAGCUCGGCUGCCGCGUCUUCGUCGGGGUGAGGGCCUCAUCGCACGCGGAGGCCGGCCGUAUCGCCGGCGACUUGACCCCUGACCCCUCGGGCGACCCGGCGAGCGGUCGGCCCGGCCCGGUCCACGUGCUGGGCCUGAAACCCGGCGACCCUCGGAGUGUCACCGCUGCGGAGAAGGAGGUCCGCUCGCUCGUGGGGGCUGACGGUCUGUGGGGGCUCGUGGUCGUGGCGGCUGCCGACGGCCGUGCCCCAUGUGGCGUGGGGAUGCUCUCGGAGGUGCCCGACGUCGGGGCCUACCGGCGUGGCCUGGAGCGCGGCCUUCUGGCCCCCAUGGAGCUGGCGGGGGUCUUUCUGCCACUCGUGCGGCGGGCCUGCGGGAGGGUGGUGUUUGUGGGGCCCGGCACUGCGGUCGAGGCGCCAGCGGGCGGCCCGCAGGCGGUGGCAGCGGCGGCGCUGGCUGCGUUCUGCGUGGCGCUGCGGGGACGGCUGGGCUCCGAGGGCACGCACGUGUGCGGGGUCGAGGUGCCAGGUGGGUGUGCGGGGUCGAGGUGCCAGAUUCCUCUGGCAGCGAGUGGGACCCUCUCCGUCCAUGCGGCCGGGCAAGGCCGCCUCAGGAGGCCUCGGCGGAGGCCACCGAAGAGGGCCCACCAGCGGGCGUGGCCGAGACGGUGGCGGCCCUGCUGUCCAAGCGACCCGCCCAGAGGUACCCGCUGGCCGGCGGGGAAGGCCUCCUCGGCCACGCGUGGGCUCUCGCCCGCCGGGCGUCCGGCCUGGCGGCGUGACGUGCUUGGGGCCCAUCGGAGGUUCACGAACUCUUACUGUGCCUGCGCUGCACAGCCGCCACCGACCCGUCGCUGAGCCUGCCCGGAAAGGAACGCUCGCGCGUCGUCGAGCCGAGCGCAACGCUUCGUGGCGGCGACGGCGCUCCUCGUGCAAGACGCCGCGGCUGCAAGGCCGCACGCACGCGCAGCGACGGUGCGUGCAGAACGCGACGUAUGGACGGCAAAGAGUGCCAUUGUGUCCAGUGGAUCAGUCCUCCCUGUGUGUCAUUGUAUGAAACUCGUGUGGGUGAUUUUUUUGUCCCCCCCCCGGCCUGCACUAUCCUUUUGUCACGGUGCGAUUCGUGAAGUUGGCCUUAAGCGGGAGAUGACGUCGACCGUUCACGUCGCUUCCUCCGCCGCGUUGGCCCCGGUGGCAUCGCAGCUUCGUCUCUGAGGACGGCUCGGGUGAAAGCUUCCCUUCGGAACGGGUGCCGCGUGGACCCGGUGCAAUCGAGGCCCGUGGUCCAGGAAUCUGGGGGCCGUGCCCACUACACUCCACAGCAAGCCAAGCUUGGCUUGCUGCCCAGUGGUGGUGGGAACGUGGCAUGAUGCGAGAGCCAUAGAUGCAAUCUUGUGUGCCGAUGUCGUCGUGCGUAAGGCACAAGUUGCAAACGUGACCGUGCUGUGUAUGGCAGCGCUGCCAGUUAAGAGUCGGUUGAUCGUCCUUCGAGUCGUGAAUAAA